CCACGUUAGUUCCAGUCUGACAAAAAUUAACAUGGAUCAAAGACUAUGGCUAAUUAAAGUCAUACUGUUUGCAUAGGCUGCAACAGGUUUGGCAGGUUAAACUGUUCUUAUAGCAGGCUACAUCAGUUUACAGUUCGAACUUUUGCUAAUUCGUUCAUUUAACUGAAUGUGCAACCUACUUAGAUCUUAACGGGGAAAGUGAUUUUAUAAAAAAAUCGGUUUCAAAGAAUUGUUUUUGUUUUCCCAAAGUUCACCCCUUAUUAAGCUAUACGCUUUAUUAAGCUAUAGAAAUAGGUUAGGCUAUAUUAAGCUAUGGAAACAGUCUAAUAAUAAUGCUAAUAGAAGUUGUGGGAUUCUAACUGAAUGAUAUCAGAACUGCAUAACAAACAGGCUAGAUUACAAAACAUUACAGCGUUCAUUUUACAAUAGGAUUAUUUUUAUCAGACCCUAAUGUCGAUAUACAAAACGAGUAUUCCGGUGUAUUCUUUCAACUAGACAAUGAUAGUUUCAGAGGACAUUUAAAUUUACCAGUGAUCUGUUCCUUGUGGAACCGCCGGCGGUGGCUUUCACAACGUGCUACAUGUACGGCACGCCGCAGCGCGGAAGACAGAGUCCUGGAACUCUACGACGUAAGCGCUGAAGCCCCGCCUCUCCCCACUAACCGUUUCUCUCCUUCCACACUCCGCGCUCCUCUCAUAGGCCGCGCCGUGACGUAAAUGCAUGUUCUAUUUUGGAAUGCUACGUCGCGUUGCCAAGGGGAACACCGGGGGUGUGACGGGGGAGGAGGAAGAAGGAGGGGAAUGCGCUCUGAGAGAAAAGCGAUUGGUCGAAUCAGCCGCUUUUAGACGCCUGUCCCAAUGUCUUCACACUCUUUUAGAUGAAUAUUUAUCUCCGUCGGUACUCCUCCAUGGGUCUAAAAGAAACCAAAAAGGGCAAGGGAUGGAGCUGAACCUUCCAUGGACAUUUUUAGACGCAUUUAUGAACAAAUAGAAAACGAGUGUGUGUCAGCAGGCACUGGCUUGAGCAUUGUUGGCAGUGGGCCUGGGACAAGUGUUGGUGGGGAAAUGCCUGGUUCAUUCGUUCCCACUGUCACUGCCAUAACCACCAGUCAAGACCUGCAGUGGAUGGUACAACCAACUUUAAUCUCCUCCCAGGCCUCUGGACAGAGUGGCUCCACUGGCACAACAACCAUGACCCAGCCAGUGUCACUGGUAGACCCAUAUGACAUGCCAGGUCCCAGUUAUUCUUCAGGGUCUGGAUUCACUCCUCCAAGUUCUGAUACUCCUGGGCCAGCACCAGGCCCCAUCCGUCAGUCCAGACCCCGUAGCCGCCGUACACGAGACGAGUCUGUGAGUGACGAUGGAGAUGUUGGUGUGUUAUUGACACCAGAGGAGGAGGAAAAGAGGCGUGUUAGACGAGAGAGAAAUAAGUUGGCUGCUGCCAAAUGCAGAAACCGCAGACGGGAACUUACAGACAGACUGCAGUCGGAGACUGACAUACUGGAGGAGGAGAAGGCAGAGCUGGAGGCUGAGAUCUCAGAGCUGCAGAAGGAGAAAGAACGCCUGGAAUUUGUGCUGGUGGCCCACCAGCCCAACUGCAAGAUUCCGUACCAGGACCAGCCUCAGCAGGGCUCAGGACAGCUCCCUCCAGUGCAGUCCCAGCUCCCUUCCCAGACCUUACAGCCUCCUGUCUCCAUUGUGGGCUUAACUGUGAAGGAGGAUUCUUUCUAUCUGCCUCCUGCCUACACAGCCCAUCUGGCCUCCACACAGCCUCAACCUCCGGUUCAGCAGCAGCAGCAAGUCCAGCAGCAGCCUCAGCCAGGAAUAAUGCAGGAGGUAGAGUUUUCUAGUUCUUUCUAUGGCUCAAGUGAGCUGGCACCGGGGGGGCCAUGCCUUAUGGCCAGUGACAGUGGUGGUGGUGUUAACCAUGACGAUGCGGCUAUUGGCAGCUACAACACCUCAUACACAUCUUCAUUUGUGUUCACCUACCCAGAGGGAGCCUGCGGGGUCAGUGCCAACCAGCGGAACAGCAGUAGCGAGCAGUCAUCUGAUUCCCUGAACUCGCCAUCGCUGCUGGCGCUCUGAUUGACCGACAGAAACAUACAUGUACACAUCCUAACAUGCACACACAUGAUAUUGCUGGAAGUAAAAGCUGCGACAAGUACAUGCACAGUACCAAUCAGUCUCACUUAUUGAGGAAAAAAGAAAACAACCAAUCAUUUGAACCGGAUUGGGUUAAAGAAAGCACCUUCUGAAAUUCAUUCCAAAUAAGAGCCAUAGAAAGAGUUGCACAUUUGAUUUAAGCCUUAACAUUAAGCUGAAAUGCUGAAUAAAUGAUUGUUUUGCAUUGAGCAGAAAACUUGCAACAGGUAAUGCUAAGUGAAUAAAAACUUAGUGAAACAAGUCAAUAUUGGCAACCAUAAAAUGCUCUGAAUUAAUAGAUUAAUUCACAAUGAAUUCUUUAAUUCCAAUACUCUAAAGGAGUAAAAUACAACAUGCUCAUGUUACACCACAUCAAGCACCAAUGCCCCCACUUUGUUCCCUCUGUCGGUUGCCCCUCCGCUAGUGCUCUUGCUGUCAUUCUUUUCCAUCAUGUUUUUCCCUCUUCCUCCUGUUGAAUGUAUUGUGCAUAUCUGGCAUAGGGAAGGAGGACAAUUUUUCAGGGUUUUUUCUUAUGGGAGACAGACUGCUGAUCUCUUCAUCUCUUCAUCUGCUCAGCUUCUCUCUGCUUCUUCAUUCGCUGCUUGGACUUGGCAAGAUGAGGAUCUGAGUAUUGCAACCUCCUCUGAAUCUUGUGCUUUCUCCUCUCAUUUUUGGAAAAUUUCUGCCGUCUGCCUACCUGUCAUGCAACCCAUCUCUACCCAUCUCUGUUUUCUCCUCUUCUGUCUCUAUGUUUCUCCCUCCCUUUGAAGUCUUCAACCCCUGAGAGCCCGAAGACCCCUUCCAGCCCUUGGGACCUUGAGUGAAAGCCGGCGCAACUAACAUGCCCUUUUGCACCCUGUUACUCAAGGAUUUGGAUCAAGCUUACCCAAAAGGAAGAACAUUUUCUUGGAGCUCAUUGCUCAGAUCCUUAAAGUGAACAGCAGCAACAAUUUUGACAUAUACACAAACGCAUAUCUGAAGAAUACAAAAUGCCAGAUGCCACUGUAUUCUGCUGAGCCAUUUUUCCAUAUUCACACGAUAAAAUUUAUACACACUUUUUGUGAGGCUGGAGAUAAAUUAAGAAGAAACUGAGGAAGGAAGUGCAGAUAAAGACAAACUAACUGAUUCUAGGCACAAGAUGGAGCUCAUCUUUGCCAUCCAUCUAUCCAUCCAUCCAUCGAAGCUAAAAGAAUACAAGAGGCAAACACUAGGAAAAAAAAAAAAAAAGACAGUAAAAACAUUUCUGGUUUUGCCAAUAGCUUUGAAGGUGACCUCAGACGAACACCUUAAUAUCACAAAGCCUCAUCACCCAGGGCCUGCAAGAAUAUAUUCUUGCCAUUGCGCUCAAGUCUCUGAAUUGAAGUUACAGACAUUUUGUUGCUGCACGCCAGCUCAGAUUUUUGCUCAGAAUCUACCAGAUGUGAAUUGAUGCCUUUAUUUAGAGGAGGGACUAUAUUUUUUUAGAUAUUGGGAUCCAGACAACCUCUAAACAUUGGGCUCAGUGGUCUCUGCGCCUCCCCUGUUCUCUGAGCAGAGUUGAGGCAGGGGUGGUGCAUUUAUUGUGAAUGUGUCUACUCUGAGGCACCUGGCCCAUUUAUUUCUUGCUUUAUUGAGGUUGAUAUGGGAUGCGAGCACAAAGCAAGACCUGGAAUUAAAGGGGGGAAUGUGCGGGCUGAUGUUGUGGAGUGAGCGUCUUUUCUUCGCCUGUGAAUUUGUAAAACUUGUUUUUCUUGUAUGUUUGAGUGAGAACUGUUAUAUAUUUUAAUGUUUGUUUGUGUGAUUCAUUGUUUUGCACCCCUGCUUCCCUUGUAUUUUUGCCAUUUCUUGUUUGUUUUGUUAAUUUUGUUACUUUAAUAGACAUUUUUCAUAACUGUUACUAUUAUUAUGACAUUGUAACUAUUGUUUUAUUAUCUUAUUGUAUUUUCAUUUGGCAACUUUGGAGGCAUGCUGUGCACUACAAAAAAAAAAAAAAAAAAAGAAUCAACUAAAGAGUUUAAUUAUACAUCUUUAUA